AUGGCCGCUUUCCGCAGAGUGGCAGCACUGGCCGGUAAGCUAAACAUCUGGUCGUCGGCGAGAUACGAGCUCGUCGGUGGUCAAACGGCCAGAGGAGGAAGGACACGGAGGUGUCUGGCGGUCGGGAUGUGUCUCGCGACGGGAGGCUCCGUGGCGCUUUACUUCUACAACGACAUGACGAGCUGCAGGGGCAGGAAGAGGAUGGGGAGUCACAGCAUCAACGGACUGAUGCCAGCCAUCCCGACCGUGGAAGCCAAGGAGAAGGGACGUCCGCUUGACUUUGAAGAGGGAGACGUGUACAUGUCGUCCCAUGAGCAUCGCUUCCGCAUGUUCAGCUCGGUGGAAUAUGAAGGGCAGCUCUACAUGACGCCACAGAACUUCAUCGAGUCGGUCACCAUGAGCGAACCCAGAAACAAGAGGCCCUGGAGGUCCCUGGCCAAACAGGAGCUGGAGAAGAAUUUGUCAGAAACUCCCCCAGUGUGGAGAGGAUCCUCCAAACUGUUUCGCAACCUGAGAGAACGAGGCAUCAUCUCAUACACCGAGUACCUGUUCCUGCUCUGCAUCUUGACAAAGCCCCAUGCUGGCUUCAAGAUUGCUUUCAAUAUGUUUGAUGCAGACGGCAACCAGAUGGUGGACAAGAGGGAGUUCUUGGUGCUUCAGGAGAUCUUCCGGAAGAAAAAUGAAAAGAGAGGGAGGAAAGGAGAUGGUGAGAAGUCAGCACAGUUGAGUAUGCAGCUCUAUGGAUAUCAGGUUGCCCCCAUGAACAGCGUGCUAAAAAAAGACAGUCAGGAGUUUGUGGCGCGGAGUUACUGGGACGUUCUGCGGCGAAGCGCCAGUCAAGUCCUCUUUUCUGACCUGGCGGAGGAUUUUAUUCUUAAGCGAGCGGAUGAGAGUAUCACGAUUGAUACAACCCUGUUGGUCCAUUUCUUUGGGAAGAAAGGGAAGGCAGAGCUGACGUUUGAUGACUUCUACAGGUUUAUGGAUAACCUUCAAACCGAGGUGUUAGAAAUUGAGUUUCUGACCUACUCCAAAGGGAUGACCACCAUCAGUGAAGAAGACUUUGCCAAAAUCCUGCUUCGCUUCACCAAUGUGGAAAACAUCAGCGCCUACCUGGAGAAUGUCCGCCAUUGUAUACCUGAUGAGAAGCAGGAGGGAAUCACCUUUGAUGAGUUCAGAUCAUUCUUCCAGUUCCUCAACAACCUCGAGGACUUUGCCAUUGCCAUGCAGAUGUACAAUUUUGCCUCUCGCUCCAUUGGACAAGAUGAGUUUGCAAGAGCGGUGUAUGUGGCCACUGGAUUGAAGCUGACACGGCACCUUGUGCACACCAUCUUCAAGAUCUUUGACGUGGAUCACGACGACCAGCUCUCCUACAAGGAGUUCAUCGGCAUAAUGAAGGACCGGCUGCACAGGGGAGCAAGGGUGAAGGCCCGACAGCACACCUCCUUCUCGGGCUGUGUUCGCUCGGGGGUCAGGCGACAAGUGCACCAGCUCUGGAGGAGGUACAAGGAGAAGCUGUAUAUGAGGAGAGAGAAAGAAGGCAGAAAGAAUAUGAAGGAAGAAGUGUGACGAUGGAAUAAAUCAAACUAAUCUCUUUAUAAUCAGCGUUAGCGACAUUGUUUUCUCAAGGGCAGAUCUCCAUUGGUCCUCGAAAGCAGAUAAUAACUCCAAGCAUGCCCGAACACAGCAGACUGAUGCUGUGUAUGAUAACAAGCAACAC